CUCUUUUGUGCAUUUUAGUGUAGUGAUUGAUUGGGUGUAUUUAAAGAUCCGUUCGUUGAUCAAAAAGCUGAAAGCCCGAGACGCAUUCCCGAUUCCGAAACGAACCUUGUCAUUUACUCUUCCCACAUUGCCUUCAUUCCGUGGCGCUGCCUGCCUCGUGCUCAGCGCCGUUACCUCCGGGCACCGCCAAUCUCUCCAACGUAGACGUCAAUAACGCAAGUGUGGAGGAAGGAAAUAAAUUAUCAAGUUUGAGGACAACUCGAAAUGUCAGCACUCUUCAACUUCCAUUCGUUUUUAACGGUAGUGCUUUUGGGGAUCUGCGCCUGCACUUAUUUGAAGAUGCAUUUUCCUGCUAUCCUUGAACUGAGAACUGGGUUUCGCGGUUUCUUUUGGAAGGCAGCCAGAAUAGGUGAGCGCUUGAGUCCAUGGGUGGCUGUUGGAUGCUUCACCAUGGGUGUGUCAAUUAUCUUCUUCUGAGCCACGUAUUGUUAUAUUCAGAUGACAAUUGGGCGUGGUACAAAUAUGUAUCCAUUUGACAUUAUAAAAAGAAUAUGUUACGAGGGGCACUUCAAGUAACAAAUGGUUGCUUGGUACGAUCAGGUAACAAAGAGCCAUAUUAAGAUCUUAAUCAUUGUUUAAAGUUGCAGUUGGGUAAGAUAUUUUUAAAGACCCAACUGUUAAUUCAAAAACCUUAAAUGUUUAAGAUCAUAAUAUUCUACCACGUUUCCAAAUCCAACAUCCAUGGCGGCCUAUUUCAUCAACACUAACUUGAUAGUAGCCAUUUUUCUUUUGGCGGCUUUACUCAUAUAUUAAUAUUCAAUAACUUAACACUAUGUUUAUAUAUAAUACCAAAAUAUUUUAAUCCAGUUUAUAGGUCACUCCCUCAAUUACUUAACCUCAUGACAUAGUUUCUGGCUCUAAUAUCAAUUGUUAAAAAACUCAACCAUUGAUCAAAAAAUCUUAAAACUAUUGGAUACUAAUUUGGUUAAAUAUUUAACCUUGGUAACGUUAUAUUGUUGCUGGAGUCUGCCUAUUUGUGCUCGCAUGACUAUUAAUUUAGAAAUAGCAACCAAUAGGAUAGAAAUAAAAAAAUAAAUAUCCACGUUUGGCCAUAUGCUCUGCUCGUGAAGACUGGUUAUUUGAAUUCAGAGGCAGGUGAAAUUUAAAGUCUAAUAGGGGGAAAAAGAAAUUCGACCAUUGGGUUUGGAAUAUUCUAUCAUUUCAACGUAUCAGUCCUUGAACUAAUGAUUAUGUCUAAAUAGUUGAUUAUUAAUAAGCUGUUUAAGCACAUUAUGCCAUGAUUCUCGUUUCGUUUAACUUUUUGUUCUCUGGUGCACCUAAUAUUCAAAUCCCAUAACUACCGGAUAAAAGAGAGAAUAUAGUUGGAGUUAUAUUUACGUAAUUGCCUAUUGAAUACGUAAGAGAAACGAUGGUCCACCAAGGGAAUUGAAUAUAUAUAUUGA